AUGACCACUUUUAGGGAUUUCAACUUAGUGGACAUUAUGUCUUUUAACUUUGUCAACAUGGACCAGUUAACUGAAACAUAUAAUUCCUCUUUUUAUGGAGAAUAUGUAACGCAUUGGCCCGAGUAUCAACGCAUUUGCAUUCAUCCGACUACAGGUGUUACGAUGGCUUAUACACUCGGAAAAGCGGAAGGUGAAGCUGAAGAUUUCCAUGGACACGUAUCAGCAGUUACGGUAGCGCCAACCUUCCGACGACUUGGGUUGGGUGUAACACUCAUGAAAGAACUUGAGGCAACCACUGAAUAUAUUCACAAUGCGUAUUUUGUAGAUCUUUUUGUAAGACAAAGUAAUAAAGUUGCACAAGAUAUGUAUCGAGGACUUGGAUAUGUGGUGUAUAGACGCGUAUUGGAUUAUUAUCACGGCAGUGGCUCAAAAGGUCCUUUUAAGGAAAAUGAAGAUGCACUUGACAUGCGAAAGGCAAUGCCCAGAGAUAAGGAAAGGACGAAAAGUAGUGUCAUUCCCCUUUCCACACCGGUGCGUCCUGAUGAAUUGGAGUGGAAUUAA